GAGAGCAUCGAGAUAUUAUUAUUAUUAAUUGAACGGCGACACAAGACCUUGCCUUUGUUGCAUCCAUGGCGUCGAUGCCGAGCAAACUUCUUGUUCUCCUAGUCUGCUACGUCUUUCUUCUCGGCUAUGCAUCAUCGUUAUCAUCUGAUAUAUCUCUUCCAUCUUCGUCUCCGAAGGUCUCCUUGGCCCUGUACUAUGAGUCUCUUUGUCCGUAUUGCUCCGCCUUCAUAGUGAACCACCUCCCGAAGCUCUUCGAAGACGAUCUCAUAUCAAUCGUUGAUCUUCAUCUCUCGCCGUGGGGUAAUACCAAGCUCCGUCCCGAUAACGUCACUGCUGUUUGCCAGCACGGGGCAUAUGAAUGCUUCUUGGAUACAGUAGAAGCCUGUGCGAUUGAUGCUUGGCCUAUAUUGAGUGAUCAUUUCCCGUUCAUCUACUGUAUCGAGAAGUUGGUGACUGAACACAAGUAUGACAAGUGGGAGACGUGUUAUGAGAAGCUCAAUCUCAACUCAAAACCUGUUGCCGAUUGUCUCAGCAGUGGACACGGAAACAAGCUUGCGUUGCACUAUGCCGCUGAAACGAAGGCACUUCAGCCUCCUCAUGAGUACGUACCCUGGGUAGUCGUGGAUGGUCAGCCACUUUAUGAGGACUAUGAAAACUUCAUAAGCUACAUCUGCAAGGCUUACAAAGCUAAUAAAGUGCCUGGCGCAUGCGCCAAAUAUUCAUCCGGCAACUUCAUUCGCAGUUUCAACAUGAAACGCUUCCCUCUGGUUUGCCGGAAUGGAGUUAAUAAGAUGUCGGAUGUGUUGGAACGUAUCAAAACCUCUUUAUCGUCAUACAUCAACAUUGCAGGCAUGCUGUAAACCCUUCCUCUUUCUUUUCACCUAUGUGACAAGACAA